AUGUUGACGCAUUAUCUGCGACGGCGCGUUUCAGUCAUUACGACCGAUGGUCGCUACCUUGUUGGCGUGCUGCAUGCCGCCGAUCAGCUGCUCAAUGUUGUUCUCACAUCCUGCGUGGAGCGCGUAUUUGACGAGGCGAGGGAAAACGCGGGUGGCUCACAGGAGCAACAAGAAAACCAACCCAUGAGUAGCAACGAUAACAGCGGUGGGGGCAUGAUGCAGGAGUUGCCUAUGGGCGUGAUGAUGAUUCGUGGGAGUGAUGUGGUCUGUGUGGCGGCUGUCGACACGGUGGAGGAGGCAAAGUUGAGCAUUAAAUCAUGGCGUGGACGUAACCUUCCAGCUGUGGAACGUGUGCCACGUGCAGCAGCAGCAGCGGUGUCAUGA